UGAGCAGCGGUCAGUUGUGGAGCUCCUGUUGCUCUUCUCUUGUGUUACCGUGAAAGAAUUGGUGUAAACCUUUGUGUGGACAUUCAGGCGACUAGUAGAGGAGGUCACUUUGAUUGUGGGCAUUCCCGAAGAAUUUUAGUGGUUGAAGUGUAUUGAAUAAUGGGGUUAUUGACGGUGUAAAGUGUACGGUAAGCAGUCGAUAUUUAGCACCAUGGAAGUGAUACAGACGCUGGACCGGGACUGUUCUGCUCUGGCAGGACUCUUCCAAAUGGUCAUGAACGACAUGAAGGGAAGCGGCCCCAUGUGGGAGGAGUUCCUCACUCGCGCCAGCAAGCUGCACCAUGCCCUCAAAGCGACGCUGGUGGCACUCUCCACCUUCCUCGACGCCUUCCAGAAGAUUGCUGAUGUGGCCACCAACACCAGAGGAGCGACGCGGGAGGUGGGCGCGGCGCUCACCAGGAUCUGUCUACGUCACCGAGCCGUUGAGUCCCGGGUGAAGAGCCUCACCAGCGCGCUGGUCGAGUGUGUGGUGGUGCCGCUCCAGGAGAAGUUGGAGGAAUGGCGACGCUCUCAGCACGCACUCGAUAAGGACCACACUAAAGACUACAAGAAGGCGCGCUCUGAGAUAAAGAAGAGGACCGAGAAUGCUGCCAGACUCCAGAAGAAAGCUAAAAAGGCUGGCAGGAACUCAGAGCUCAACAAGGCGCUGGAGUCGACUGUGAUGGAGCUUCGUGCACGCUAUGGCAUCCUGGAGGAGGUGGAGAGGUCAGCAGUGCGUCAGGCGCUGACAGAGGAGCGGUCCAGAUACUGUGCCUUUGCUCAUGCUCUCCGGCCAGUCCUUGAUGAGGAAGUGGGACUGGUGAGCGAGCUAGGUCACCUGCAGGAGGUCAUGACCCAGCUGGAGAAGCACUCUGCUGAUCCCCACACACUUCCGCCCGCCAGUGAACAGGUGCUGUUGGACAUAAAAGAUGGCGAGGCUCAGUGGUCAUGGCAGACUCCACCAUCGUCGCCUUCUUCACUAGGAUCUCGGAAAUCUUCCAUGUGUUCAAUCUCUUCGCUUAACUCUUCCUCGUCCUCAUCUACACACUCUCCUUCACACCAUAAUCGCACACGCUCUGUCAGUCAGGGCACAAGGCUGGUGAGUGUGUCAUCGCAGGACUCUGGAUUCACAUCGCAGGACACCCUCUGCCACUCUACCCUCUCUCACGCCCCGGCUGCACUUCGUGUACAAACGGCAUCAGGAUUGUCAGAACAGUCAUGUGGUUCAGAGAGCAGUACACCAUCUCCCGCUACAUCAAAUGCAACAUGGCCCAAUCUCACCGACCCAUCCCUCCACCACAAGGCAGCACCAUCCUUCUCUGACAGACCACACACGAUCUCCUCUGCAUAUGAAAAGGGACGUGACCGUCCCUCAUUGACUGUGUACACAUUUCAGCCUCCUGAAAGACGAAGUGUUCCUGCAUCUCCUCAGAUUUGCUCCCAGCCAUGUAGUCCAGUCUGUCUUGAGCUUGAAAGUGUAGGCAUAAGUCCCUUGGUUGGCCAUACAGCAACUAUAUCUCGCCGAUCCUCACGUACUUCACUGCACCCUAAUCUUUCCUCAUCAAGCCAGGAAAGCCUCAUUGUUUCCGGCAAGCCAAGGCCUCCUGUGCCAAAUCGGUGCUCAUCACUUGAACGUCCAACUGUACCAGAAAAGCAGCCCACUUUUCGUAAUCAGCAGCAGCCACAACAGCAGCAGCAGCCACAACAGCAGCAGCCACAACAGCAGAUACAGUCACAGCAAACAUCACAACCACACCUACAGCCACAGCAUGCUGUGUCACAAUAUGGCUCAAAUAAAAUGAUACCAAUGGUACCAGAUUUUAACAUGGCAGCUCCUGAUAUGAUUGUGCCUCAGCCAGUGUACAGCAAUAUGACAGAGCUGUGUAGUGGUGUCAUGAGUGAGAACUGUAGCCAGGUUGCCAGUGAAUUGACGGAGAGUGUUGCAUCAGUUGGUGACAAUGGAUAUGAGAAUAACUUGCCACAUGAAGGCUCUGCUCUUCCAGAUGAGAUUGAUACAAGCCAGUACUGCAUGCUGCACCAUUACUCAGAUGAAGCCUCUCAUCACUAUGAGCCAGGAAGGGUGGUUCUUCGCCGACACCUCUCUCAAGCAGGUGUUGCUUCACCACGGAGUAGUACAUUAAGACGUUCUGGCUCUCAUGGGCAAAAACCUCCACCUCCUGUUCGGCGAACACCAUCAAUAUCUUCCAUAACAUCAACAAAUCCCUCUGUUACACCACUGACUGAUUUAAAUCAUGAAUUGUCUAGCACAAGUCUGAACAACUCUCCCACACACCUGACUUCUGCUGGUACUCUCAGCAGUAGCAGUAGUGUAAAUGGCAGCAUAAUUACUGGUGAAAAUGCAAGCCCUAGCCAGGGAAGCAGCAAUAAUAGCCCAUUACAACGUACAGACAGCGAAUCUAGCACACCUGUAGGAUCUUUGGAAAACCUUCCCCCUCCUCCAGCCUUCUUGUUGGAAGAUGGCACAGAAGAAGCUAACCCUGCUCCUGAUACAGAUAUGACAACUCCAGAGGGAGUCAGAUUUAUAUGUGAUCCAUUUGGUCCCCCAGCACCCAUCCAAGAUAAAUGUUUACAGCAACGUGUAAUGACAGUUAGCGAUACUGUAAAAACUUUACAAGAAAGUCAACACCAGCCACCUUCACCAGUAACUCACCGUAGAUCACAAUCCUUACGCUGUAAGGAUCAAGCACACAAAGCAGUUCAAAUUUUGGAAGAACGAAGAGUUUCUUUAGAAGAUGCCAGAGCAUCCCUCAUGACAACCCUGAAUGCCAAGCUUGCACAGCAGGCAUCCAAACAAUUCCAGAAACACUACCAACGAAUAAGAGAAGGCAGCCAGUCACCACAAAUGAGUCGUGCAUGUUUGGGAUCUGUGCAGGAAGGCAUGGCUGUAAAUAGUCCUUCACAAUCUCCAACACAUUAUCCAACACUUCAGACUAUCAGGCAAGAUCAUGUCUAUUUAAACAAGAGUCAACAUAUGGAAUAUCAGACAACUCUGCAUCAACACUCAACAUUUAGCCAACGUAACUCAAGGCAGUUACAGCAGGAGCCUCUUCCCAAAACAUUAAAUGCCUGUGCUGAUGUGCCAAGUAAUGCCUACCAGCCAGGUAUAGGGACAAACAGGGAUCCUAACCAACAAGCAUUUUUGCAAUCAUUAAAUGAAAAACUCUCACUGAGACAACUAGGUGUAGAGAGUACGACUUGUCUCGUAUCACCACGGCUUUGUUCUAAAAGAGCUCUCCCCGGCAUUGCUCCUCUACCCAACCCAAAGCCUCAUCCAAAUGGCAGUGCUCCAGGAGCUCAGGUCCAGCGUUCAGGCUCGGGUGCCAGUGAGAAGGCUUCAAAAGUACGACAGUGGAUUGCAAGCAAAACUAUGGGUACUGAGAAGAAAAGUAGUGCCGAAUCAGCUGCUCUCAGAGAGUCGCUUCUAGACCAGAUCAAGCGUGGAACAACACUGAAGAGAGCCAAACACAUAGCUGAUAGAUCAGCUCCACAAGUUUUUUGAAUUAAUGUUAUUUGACAUGUUAAAAGAUUUUAUAGGCUAAAAUAUCAGAGAAAGAAUGAUGCUCUCAAUUCUAUGAGUGCUGCAGAUAAACUUAUUGUAGUUGUAUGUGAUUCAUAUAUACUGUACUGUACUUUAUAGGCAAAGAGCUGAUAAUUUAAUUGUGGCUCAAAACAUAAAACCACUGAUAUAGGAAAGAUAGUGUCAUAUUCGGAGGGUGAAGCAUGUUUUAUAAACUUGAAUAUUAUACAAGUUCGUAACAUACAGCCUCCAAUUAUCAUUGAAAAUAAAUUUAAUUACUAUAUAAAUAAAGUAAAAUAUUGUCAAAAUAACCUGAUGAAAUACUGUACUGUAGUAGCAUAUUAAAAUAUUACUUUUAAUGUUGGUGAAAUAGCUCUAACUUAUUGCUAGAGUUGAGUUGCUUUGUCAGGGAGCAAGAGAGUGUAAUUGUAUGCAGUUCUGGAAGAUCCCAGAGUAAAAUUAGUUUCCAUGUU